AUGGCUACAUAUCGAACGGGGAAUUAUUCCAGGGGUUUUGGAAAGAGAAGAGCUUGGUGGAUCUCAUUUGAGGUUUUAAAAAUGAUGGUUGGUAAUAAUCUGAAGGAUUCACAACUACAGCAAAUUGUCGACAAAACGAUACUCUUUCAUGACAAAGAUGGUGACGGAAGAAUAUCAUUUCAGGAGUUUUGUGAUGUGAGUUCACAUUUUUAUUCGAAAACGUUUAUGUAUGCUGCUCACUUGCAAAAGCAAAUGCGGUUCUAUACCUGUCAAUAA